CAGUGAACAUGCGCGUCCAGCAGCAGGGAUUAUUUCUGUACUCUGCUGUAAACCUGUGAUAUAUAGAGAACAUAAAGCGGCUUGUUUCAGUAAAAAAAAUAUGUCAGGAAAGUCGGAACUGAAAAUCAACUCUCAGUUCGCGCAGAAAUAUGACAAAUACCGACAGAAAGAGGAGCUGCAGAGACUGAAGGAUCGAUACGGAGAUCGAGAUGAUGACAGUGACUCUGAGUCGUCUGAGUCCAGCUCUGAUGACAGCGAAGUGGAACUGGACCCUGAAGUUGAGAGGGAUUUUUACAGAACAUUGUCACUGUUGAAGAAGAAAGACCCCAAGAUCUAUGAGAAAGAUGCCAAGUUCUACACAGAAGAAGCAUCCACCAGUGAUGCGAAGCCUUCAACCUCGAAGAAAGCAGUAAAGCCCAUGUAUCUGAAGGACUAUGAACGUAAAGUGAUACUGGAAAAGGAAGGCAAAUAUGAAGAUGAUGAUGACAGUGAUGACGAGGAAGCUGCCAGGAGAAGAGAGAGAGCAGCCUCUCCGAGCUACAUGCAGGAGCAGAGGGAGCUGAAGGAAAGCUUCCGGAAGUUCAUCCAGGACAGUGAUGAUGAUGAUGAUGCUGCUGACGAAGGCGGUGAGGGAGGAGGAGCAACCCAGCUGCUGACCAGGAGAAUCAAAACACAGGAAGAAAAGGAUAAAGAAGAGGCAGAUUAUGUGGACUGGCUGAAGGGUCAGGCUGAGCUGGAGGGUCCGGAUGAAGUGAAGGACAUGAAAUACUUGAGAGACUACUGGAAUGACCCGGAGCUGGAUGAGAAGGAGUGUUUCCUGAGAGAUUAUGUGCUAAACAAAGGCUACCUGGAUGAAGACGAGGAUGAUGAACGGAUCCCAACCUACGACGAGGUGGUCCAGGAUGAUGUGGAGGAUUCUGAGGAGGAGGGGGAGUCCUUCUUGGAGCGUCAGGAAGACUUUGAGAGAAGCUACAACUUCCGCUUCGAAGAACCCGACUCUCAGCAGGUCAAGACGUAUCCCCGCAACAUCGCCACGUCUGUACGCUCAAAGGAUGACCGCAGAAAACGCAAAAGGGAGGAAAUAAAAGAAAGGAAGCAAAAGGAGAAAGAACAGAAGCAGGAGCAGCUGAAGCAGCUGAAGAACCUGAAGAGAAAUGAGAUCAUGGAGAAGCUGAAGAUGCUCCAGGAGCUGACGGGCAACGAGCAGCUGGCUUUUAGUCAAGCUGACUUGGACGGAGACUUCGAUCCGAAACAACACGACCAGCUAAUGCAGAAAUAUUUUGGAGAUGAGUACUACGGAGAAGAAGAAGGAGAGAAGCCUCAGUUUGAGGACGAUGAUGAACUGGAGGAGCACUGGAACUGGGACACUUGGACAGGAGAGGGGCGAGAGGAGGAGUACGGUGAGGAGGAAGAGGAGUAUGAUGCUGAUGAGCCUCACUGCAACGAUGAAAACUUCAUUAUGGAUGCUGACUUUGACCCCAGCCAGCAAACUGCCUCCAAGAAGAAGAAGAAAAAGGAGAGGAAGAAGAUGAAGAAAGAGGACAUGCCACAGAUGGGCAAAAGGAAGAAGAAGUCUCACUUUGCGGAGGUCAUCACUAAAAACAAGCCUGUAUUUGAUCCUCAGGAGAAGAGCUUUGAGCAGUACCUGGAUGAGUACUAUAAGCUGGACUACGAGGACAUCAUCGAUGAUCUUCCAUGCAGGUUCCGCUACAGGCAGGUUCUGGCCAACGACUUCGGUCUGACCACUGAUGAGAUUUUAAACGCUAACGACGGUGAAUUGAACCGCUGGUCCUCUCUGAAGAAGACGUGCAUGUUCAGAUCUGAGAAAGAAGAGAUGAGUGAUUUAAGGAACUACAAAAUAAAAGCACAGAAUGAAAGGAAGAAGAAAGAAAUCCUGAGCUCUGUUUAUUCUGAAGAAGCUAAAGACCUGACAGAGGCUAAGACCAAGGUGGGGAAGAAGCGAAGGGAUCGUCUGAAGAACGCCGAGAAGCAAGGAACAGGAGCAGAAGAUGACGAAGUCUCCACGAUGGAGUCUGCAGAAGAGAUGCUUGGCCAGUCUCUUCAGGAGGCAGAGGAUGACACGGAGGAGAAGGACGAGGAGUUCCUGAUUCCAAAGAAAAGGAUUAAACAGGAGGAGGUACCCGAGAUUUCUGCAGAGGAGGCAGCAGAUCAGCCGGAUGAAGUGAAAAACAGGACUGAAAGGCCAAAAUGGCCCAAAAAGAACCACAAGCGUUCACAAGGUGGAAGCACCGGGGUGACAAUAGGUGGCCGGGAGUUCAGUAGACAGAGACUGAAGGCUUACGGUCUGAACCCCAAGAGACUGUACUUCAGACAGCUGGGCAGACAGAAACGGAAAGCACAGGAGAGGAAAGAAAAGCAGAAAAACAAGGAGUGAUGAUGCCUGUCACUGAUCCUCUCUGAUUACUGGCAACAGUACAGUGUUUUUUCUUUUUCUUUUAAUGGUCCAAGAGUUAAACAGAAUGGAUGGUUCACUUUUGUCCUCCAUAUUGACUUUUUGAUUUUAAAAUAAAGCACAUGAAUUAGAUAUUAUUGAAUAUUGGUUACAGUUUGCUUUUAAUAGCCCUCGUAUAGCAUAUUUGUGUGGCACAUUUCAAAGUGCAAAUUGUGACCUAAGAUGAGGGUAAAAUUUUACAUCUUUUGAUACUGUGGCAUUUCUGACAGUUUGUACAAUAAAGAUGCUUAUAUUCACAUGUUAAAA